ACAAUUCAGCAGUCACUUGCCUAGGAGGCAUUCAACAAAGUAACAUUUAUAGCGUGAAGUGCCCCUUCAGUUAAAGCUGAUCCGCUUCUCGCCCAGUUUAACUGUUUUUAUUAGUGCUUAGUCUUGCUGAUACAUCAGAGCAGACAAAUAUUCGGGAUGAGUAAAACCGAGAAGAGCUGUUCACAAAUUUCAUUUCCGAUAAAGAAACCCGGGCCACCAAAAAUAUGGAACGUGGUAGAAAUUAAAAAGGACAAGACAAUGAAGUUUUCUAUUCAAGAGAUACCUGAGGACAGGUACGAAGAAGUGGUCGAACACAUGUGCAAAUAUUUUAUCGCCGACGAGCCGACGUGCAAUUUUAUGAAUGGCAAAGACGAUCCCGAAUUCGUAGACACUUUUCGAAUCCUUUGGAGGGAUCUUUUAAACGAAGGAUUGUCCGUUGGUGCUUUUAUAGACGAUCCCAAUGGUGGCAAACCGAUACUCGCAGCAGCCAACAUGCUGACAAUCACUUCAAAGGAUGAAAAAUUCGAUACUAAUAUUUUAAAGUCGAAAAAGGCAAAAGAUAUAAUGGAAGCCGUAUUGGAUUUGAGUAAAAAGGCGAACGUGUUUGAAAAGUACGGAGUAGAUUACUACAUGAACGCGUUUGGUCUCUCCGUAGAGCCAAAAUAUCGAGGAGCCAGCUUGGGUGCCCAUCUCCUCAACGCCAGGACAAAUAUAGGUCGUGAAUACAAGAUUCCAGUGACGUGUACAGCGUUCACUUCCCCGAUUUCACAGAAACUAGCUGAGAGAUGCGGUUUUGAAACGCUGGUAGAACAAGAUUAUGAUAAAAUUGUAGACAAGAACGGAAAGCCGAUUUUCCGUGGGAUAAAAGUGAAGGAUUUGAAAGUAAUGGCCAAGAGGCUCGAUUAACCCAUUUGCAUUAUAAUAUUACAACUAACUUUUAUUUAUUAAUUUUACUCUAGAACUUGAGAAAAUGCAUUCUGUUCUGAUAUGAUACUGUAUGCAUGUAAUUAGCACUGUUCUCUAAUAAAUUUAUGUAAUUACAUGUAUUUAUGUAUAAUACUUGUCUAUACUUGUAUUAGUUAUUAUUAUCUCAAUUAUUGUAUUAAAUGUUAUGUCACUCAGUAGAUAGCGCGAUACAUCAAUCACUACAACUAUCCCAACAAGGAUUAUAUUUUUAUCAA